AACGUUUACUGCGUUUUUGUUUUCUUUCUGCUGGCUUCAGUUAUUCUGUUUGCAAUGUCCUCAGAUUCGAAAUAUGUCUCUGUAGAUUUUGAAAUAUUCGGGAAUGUUCAAGGUGUUUGCUUCAGAAUGUAUACUGAAGACCAAGGGAAGAAACUUGGUGUGAAUGGUUGGGUGAAGAACACCAGACAGGGCACUGUGAUUGGUCAAGUGCAGGGACCCCACGACAAAGUCAUUCAAAUGAAGCAGUGGCUGAGUAAAGUUGGAAGUCCAAGCUCACGCAUCGACCGCGCUGAGUUCUCCAACGAGAGGGACAUUUCUAAGCUUGAGAUCCGUGGUUUUGGCACUCGCUAUUGA